CAUUUCAAUUGAACAUGUGUUGUAUAUAUAUCAGAUUAGCGCAUUUGAAUUGAAUACAAUACUAUUUCGAUUUUGCGUUGUGUUUAUUAUAUUUUAGAUAAUUAUGAGUACUUCAAGAGGUAAUACAUCUAGGAAAAGACCACAGAAACAUCAGAAUAGAACCGUUUUUAAAAAUGACUUACAUGACACCAGCCAGAAAACCAAAUUCUUAAAUUCAAUGGAAGUAAAAGGUGUUUGUAAACGUUGCAAAGAUAUAUUGGAAUGGAAAAUAAAAUUUAAAAAGUACAAGCCUCUUAGUGCUGCCAGAAAGUGCGUUGGCUGUGAACAGAAAACUGUCAAAUAUGCUUAUCAUCUUUUAUGUGAUAACUGUGCAACAGAGAAGGGUGUGUGUGCCAAAUGUUGUAAGCCUUUUCAUGAGGAAGUUCUAGAAGAAUUAAGUGAAGACAAAAACCUUCAUCAAAAGUUGACAGGAUUACCAGAACGAAAACGUCGUAGCAUACUUAGGUAUAUAGAAAAACAUCAAGAUGGGUCAUCAACAACACAAGUGAAUGUUAUGGCUCAUAUUGAAGAUGUGCUAGCAGGAAUGAGGCAACUGGACUGUGUCAGUGAAUCAGAUAGUGACAGUGGAGCAACAUAAAAAAAAUCAGUAAUAGACAUAAAUUUUGCAUAUUAAAUUAUUUUAAUAAUAUAUACAUUC